ACUCUCUAGGGGAAUACGUCGUAACACUCGUCAUAAUGGAUUACGUACUAACCUGGUAGCAAAAGUAUUCUUCCAAACAAAACAUUAUAGUACAUCGCGAACGAUGACCACCAAUCUCGGGCCUCUGACAACAACAUUCACACCGGCGCCAGAGUGUACUGAAGUCAUCUCCGGUAUCAUAUUUACGCAGACUGGAACCGAUGGUAAUACUACCACACAUAAGUAUCACAGUCUCGGGCCGAGCGAUACAUCAAAAUGUUACCCGUCGGGGUUCGAAGUCAUGUCCGCCUUUUACUCACCUGGGAGAUGCCCUUCAGGUUGGUCAUCGGCAUGCGGUUCCGUUUACAUUGCCAGUGAGACCAUCACCGAGACUACAGCUACUUGCUGUCCACUCGGAUACACGUGUAAGCAAGCAGCAGACGAAACAGACACAUGGUCGACACUUUCAUGCUCUUCGGCUGUAGAAACUUUGACUAAUGUAACGGUCCCGGAUGAUAAUCACCAGACCAGCAAGGUCACCCAGCUCUCCCACAUAAUGGUAAAUGCCGCAGCUAUCACCGUGCGUUGGCAGCAGACCGACUUCACCGCGUCCAAAACCGAUACAACAACGACUUCCGAGACUACCUCCUCGUCUUCUAUCCACUCAAUAUCCGCACCCACAUCAAGUAACACCUCUCCCGCUAGCGGAGAUACGGGACUAAGUUCAAACGCCCGAAUAGGAAUAGGAGUUGGCGCGGGACUUGGAAGUCUCCUCCUGAUAUUAAUUGGAUCAGUGGUCGGCAUAGGGUUUUGGUGGAGGCAUAGAAAGGCGAAAGAGAAGGCAAACGAAACGACUAUCAAUGCCGCAGACCCUGAAGCUACGAAAUCCCCGGCGGAAAUGUGGGCGCUGCACCAGCAAGAGCUGGAGACUUCGAAUAAUAGACAUGAGAUGGCUACGGAUGGUAAUCGGCAUGAAAUAUCAGAUACUUCUAGGUUAGCGGAGCUGCCGUCGAAUCGAUGGAGUCAGCUUUGAGUGGGGGGAAUGGCUGGACAAGAUAUGAUAUGGACGUCCCAACCGGUCUGACGCUAUAUCAAUUACCUACUAGCUUAGGUACCUAGGAGGUGGGUAUAGGGCAUAAUAGGGGUAUGUAUAGUUCCAUUCAAUGUAUAUAUUAG